AAUCUUUUGUGUGAAUGUAAUCGAAAGCAGUAUGAUUCAAUGGAAUUGAAGCUAUGUCAAUCCUCUCAUCCAUUGCCCUGUAAAUCCUCUUCAUUUAGAGCUAACUCCACAUACAAGCACUUCAGUUUACUUCCUAAGAGGUGUAAAUAUCAUAUUCAGGAGCUUUUCUCAAAUGGUCAACAAUGGAACAGUUCCAUUCAAUUCUCGGUUCAUGUGGUGAAAGAGGAUGAAACAUUGACUUCACUUUCAAAGUUAUAUGGAGUGCCUAUUUAUGAAAUUGCUGCUGCUAAUAAGGAAAUUAUUGAUAUUAACCUUGUUUUUGAAGGGCAACAUCUCAACAUCCCUUCCUAUGUUACACCUUACUCCCAAACGAAUCAACGAGAGAAGAUUAGAUUACCUAAAAUUGAUGUGUCUGAAACAAGCCAACGCUUCAAACUCUGUGGCAACGAUAUCAACCAGAAGAUGUUAUAUGUGCUUUCAUGCCGUCAUUUACCAUAUGCUAAAACCAGUGGUUAUUUUCUAGUUCUGGUUCCUCUGAUAGGCUUUUGCAUCAGAUGCAUAAUGAAUGCCUUUCACCAUAGAGUUGCUAGAAAUAAAUUGCAAGAUGUUCGUCAGGCAUCUGGAAGCAUGAGAUGGAAAUUAGCUCUUCGUGAUUUGAGCGAUCCAGAUGCAUUAUAUUCUGAUUCAAGACCUGAAAUUGAGAAUGUCACCGAUGAUAGAGAACAUCUCCAAUCUGAAGAGCUUUCUCGUGCUUAUGCAAAACUGGACGGCGAUUAUCAGAAGUUCCUAUCGGAAUGUGGGAUGAGUAAAUGGGGCUACUGGCGUGGUGGUACAGAUGAAUAAGAAUUCUGGAGUAUGACUGUUGCUUUACAAAUUACAAUUUCUCUCCAUUUAUUGAUCAAUGCAUAUAAAGCAGGUUUAUGGUGAAUGUACAUAGUACAGGCUCAGUUUAUCAAAUAGUAUUGCCUAGAUGAAAUCAUUGAA